GCUCUGACACACACACACACACAUACACACACACAGGCAUACAGCAGCGCUGUGAGUGCAGCCUGCCUGCCUUCCCAGGGUCGGGACUGGAAGCCUCAAGAAACGGCAAGAAGAAGCAAACAUCUGGCCGCACAUCAUGAGAGCAGCCCGGAGCUUAUAGCAGGGGAGGAAAAGGACGUCGGCAGGAGUGGAGAUACAUGUUAUGAAGGAAGAAUGGAGUUCCCAGACCAUAGCCGCCAGUUGCUGCAAUGUCUGAGUCAGCAGCGUCACCAAGGCUUCCUCUGUGACUGCACUGUUCUCGUCGGGGAGGCUCGGUUCAAAGCCCACAGAGCUGUGCUGGCCUCCUGCAGCAUGUAUUUCCACCUCUUCUACAGGGACCAGCUGGACAAAAGGGACGUUGUGCAUCUCAACAGUGACAUUGUGACGGCCCAGGCUUUCAGUCUGCUCCUUGAAUUUAUGUAUGAGGGGAAGCUGGAGUUCAGUGCUCUGCCUGUGGAGGAUGUUCUGGCUGCUGCCAGCUACCUCCACAUGUACGAUAUAGUAAAAGUCUGCAAAGGCAAACUUAAAGAUAAAGAACUUUCCUCCCUGGAUGAGAAGUUAGGGGAGGGUUUGGGACUUGGCUGCCUGGACAGGGAGAAUUCCAUAGAUGGUGAGCUGCACUGUAAGCAGCUAAUUCAGCGCCACUCUCACGGGCUUCUCAGGGCCCCCCCUGUGGAAGACUUUGACACAGACAACAGUGAAGUCAAGCUGGCUGUCACAGAUUGUGAAAGGUCCAUGCAGAGCAGGCAGAAGGCGAACGGUCACUCCGGCAGGUCCCCGGACCUUGUAGGUGUCAAUUAUAUGUCAGCAGAGGCCGAGACCUGCAUCCAAACAGCUGGAAAAACAAAAGCUGAUGUCAGUAGCUCCACCGUAUUGCUGUCCCAGAGGUCCCGGGCUUCAGAUGACAUGGACUGUGCGCUGGAUUUGUCUUUCAAGCCUCUGUCUAGCAGAGAUCUCUUACACCCCUCCUACGUCUCGGGACAGCUGGCCCUCGACAGCCAGCAGCAGGGCACUGAGCCACUUGUUAAAGACGAACACGACUUGCUGUCAGAGCAGGAGGACAGUGAGCCGAUGAGCCCUGAGAGCCAGCGCUUUGGGAAUAGUGCCAGGAGCUCAGUGGUGACAGGGUUCGCUGCCCUCUUCCCAGGCAACAACGGCGCUACAGCCGCCCUGCUCUCCCAGGAGGAGGACCUGAUGGACGAGGAGGGGGAGGCCUGCAGGAGGAGGGAGGGCGUUCCAGGCAGGGAGCCGGACAGCAGGGGCAGGCUACUGGGGGACAGCGAGGAAGAGGAGGAGGAUGACCUGGCCUCCUCCGACAUAUCCACCUCCAGCGGGGUGCUUCUGCCUCCGGGCCAACAGGUGUGUGUGUGUCCCCUCUGCAGCAAAGUCUUCCCCAGCCCCCACGUGCUGCAGCUGCACCUCAGCUCGCACUUUCGCGAGAAGGACGGUGCCCGCUCCAAGCUUUCCCCGGACGGCUCCGUCCCAACAUGCAUGCAGUGCAACAAGACCUUCUCGUGCAUGUAUACCCUUAAGCGCCACGAGCGUACUCACUCCGGGGAGAAGCCUUUCACCUGUGCCCAGUGCGGCAAGAGCUUCCAGUACUCCCACAACCUGAGUCGCCAUGCUGUGGUUCAUACCCGUGAGAAGCCUCAUGCCUGUAAGUGGUGUGAGCGGCGUUUCACCCAGUCUGGAGACCUUUACCGCCACAUCAGGAAGUUUCACUGUGGCCUUGUUAAAACUCUUGCCAUUGGAUAAAACACCUCUCACCAGUGCCGUAAAAGACAGAAUGUCCUUUCACACACUGAAUUCUACUGCUGAAGCGUUUUUGCUGUUCGUAUAAACAAAUUGGCAGUUUGUUAAAGACAAAUCUUGGGGCAUAUCUUACGUUUCUAAUGAUGUAGCAACUUUCAAACUGGAGCUGUAUCCUGUGCUGGACUGUGUCAGAGGCUGCUGAGAUUAUUGGAUCUGUGUCACAGAGAGGUCAACCAAUCAGUUGAUGCACUUGAUAGUUUCCGUCUUUAUUGUUUUGUCUGUUUAGUUUAGUUGAUGAGCGUUUGUGAUGAGAGGUUCAAAUCCUUUCGGCAACGCAUCAUGCUUAGACAAAAUCUUGAGGGAGAAAGAAUGAGGUUUGUUUGUGCACAUGGGAGAUCAGAACCGUCCGUGAGAAGCAAUAUACAAUUUCUUUUUAAAUGACUACAUCAUUUAAUUAUUAUUUAUUCUGUUUUUUUUUUUUAGCCCUUAAACUAUCAUGAAGCAGAAACACAAAUGAAGCUUAACUACUGGAAGUAUGGAUUUUCGCCAUUUAAGUUUUUAUGUUGUAUGAGAAGAAGCAAGCAGACUGUCACAUGUUUUUCUUUUUCCUUUUGGAUGUAUUCAGUUUCCAGCCUUUUAGUUUUGAACACAUCUUUUUGGAUUCGCCUUAAAUGUUCUGCUUUAUAGACAGAACAGUGAUAACGAUUAGCUGAGAUGCACCAAUCAGGCUUUUCUUGAUCAAUUCUGAUUCUGUUUCACUUCAGCGGCUGCUUAUACGUACUCUGUAGUUUUGUCAUUUUUAAGACCAGAAUAUAUUAAAGUAAAACAUAAGCUGCAGAUUCACUGACAAAGAUAGUAGUCUAACAAAAAAUAAUAUUUGAAGAAUAUGCAUAUAUAAAAAGCAUCAAAGAAUGUAGCUUUAAUCUUUUUCUGUAUUGUUUUCUCCAAUUCAAAAGGAAAAAAGUGCAUUAAGGGAAAAUUUGUUUAAAAUAUUUUUGAUCCCCAAAAACAAACUGGUUUAAACCUGUAUUAAACAGGAAAUAAAUAAGACUUUUUAUUAUUGGAUCUGCUGAUCCCCAGCCAGAACAGACUGCUUGUUGGAACAUUUUAAAUCAGUAAAUGAUUGAUUAGUUCAUCCAUAAUAAUAUCAAACAGCAAAUAUAAAGCAUCCAGCAUUUACAUUUCAUUGAAGAAGUUUGUAUUGUCAAAAGAGUUCAGAUAUUAGUAGGAUUAACUGAAUAACCUAGCUAUGCUGCUGCCUAACAGCUACACUCUUGUUUCUUUUACAGGAACAUUACAGACAGUAAAUUGUCUGCUUGCCUUUUUCUUAUUUUGAUGCGUUUAAUAAAUGGCUUUAAAGCCAGAUGUUAUAUUUUCCCUAUUGUUAUACCUGCUUUUGUUGACUGAAAAUUGGCUGAUUCUGAUCUUUGUCAGUGCAUCUGACACAAAUUUAAAUCAGAUCCAAAAUAUAAUCUAAUCCAUUAAAGAUAACCUUAUUGGAGAAUCUCCGAAUUUUGCUCAAAUUAAUUCCAUUUAGGGUUAGUCUGGCUUGUCUUUGUAUGCAGAAUCAUGACAGAAUAAAUUGUAGUAGUUCUUCGUUUAUGUCCAUCUAAUACGAGGAAAAGAAACAGAUUAUCUUCCAUGUACAACCUGCUGAUUACAGAACCGAUCAUGAGAAAUUGCCUGAUUCUGAUCUCUGACUGAUUCACUGAUCAAUGCAUCUCUAGAGAGUUAUUAAAAACUAACAUCUAUAACACUGAUGCCUGAGGAAAUUCUUAAUGCUUGACCUAGAGUACUUACUAGAAUAACACAAGUUGCUAUGCUUUUAUUUUGUAAACUCUUGAAGCCUCGGGGAAAAACAUGGAUUACUUUCAACAUACCAGAAGCGUUACCAGUUACCAAAAAAAAAAAGCAAUACGUAAUAAAAUAACUAAAUCCAGUUUGUGUUAUCAAGACGUUUGGAUCAGAGGCAAUCAGUGGUUUUUCAAUGAAGUUAGUUAUUGGUAUGACGCAAAAGGUACCCUGAUGGCGCAGAGUCGGGAUAAGAAGGCAUCAAACUUGUGCCAUUCAGCUGCUUCUAAGGACUUUUCUCCUUGUUUUGCACCGCUGUAUCUGUGUAAUUACUACUGAUGAAACCUAUGCUCCUUUUUCAGACAGGAAAUUGUUCUGUUUGUUUGUGCAUAGGUGCUGUUAUUGAUUCUUAACUGGGGGGGUAUCACUAAACGUUCAUAAUGUUCAUCUAAUCUGUCCUGAGAAGACUUGAUCAGAACUUAUUUAUUAGUCGGACUUGGUUCAGGGUUUACCUGUAGGUAUUUAUGUUUUUUUUUUUUGCCUAGUGAUCUUGGUACACAUUAACUGGUGUUGGGUCUGUCAGUUUGUUUUUAUUUACACUGUUUAAAUCAACUUACUGUAAAUGUAUUUUUUAAUAUAUAUUAUUUGGAAAAUCUGUCCAGUUUUCAAGAUUUCUCAUAUGGAACACAGAUAAGCACUUGUUUUUAGCAUGCAUAUGAUUUCAACGCUAUUGUCUAGGCUGCUAUUUCUUACUAUUUGUUUAUUUAAUGUAAAUAUAUAUUAUAUUUAUCAGAUUGUUUUUGUUUUUCCCAUGUUACAAAAUGUGUGAGUGGACAGGACUUUUUCAGUUUUCUUUCCUUUUCCUGGUUAGGGAGUCUGUUAACCUUUCUUCUAGUUACAAGUCAUUUAAAAAG